AUGCCACCGCCCAAGCGGGAGGAUGUGCAAGUUGGUGAGGAGAAGUGGAAGGUACCGUUCUGGCAGGAGCCGGUGAAGCAGGAACAGCUGGCGCUUCACGAGGAUGGCGACCUGAUCUACGCUAAGAGAGAGGGGUAUCUGCAGAAACGAGCAGGAAGAUCACGAUUCCGGUGGACCAUCAGGUUCUUCGAGUUGAAAGAUGGGCAGAUUCGUUGGUGGAGGCCGUCGUUUGCAGAUCAGCUCCGGCAGCCCCGCCCGCCCCAGGUAGUCCGCAACAAAGAGCCGCGUCCUCGACCUGUGCGCUGCCUGGACCUGACGCAGCUGAAGCGCGUAACACGGACACAGGUAAAGUUUCCCUACUCUACUCGCAUCUUGCUCCAGUUCAAGGAGGACUACACGGACUACCAGCUCGAGCUGAGAUCGGAGCGGGAGCUGGAGAUCAUGGAAUGGUACAAGAUCUUGAUCCGGUUCACCAUGGAGAGCUGUGAAGCCGUGGUAGAUCGAGAUGAUGGUCGUGUCGCACUCGGCCAGGAGAGCGAAACUGAUCUGGAUGCGCGAGACCGGAUGUAG